AUCGGUGGACGGAACGUCAGGAGGAAAAAAAACUUUAAGAUCAACAGCCGCCAUUUUGGUGGAAAAUUUCAUCCGAAAUUUCGGAGGAAUUGAACGGCGUCGGGAGCUGUGCUCGCUGCCUUGAGUAUUCCUCAAAACCCACAUUCGGUUGCGAAAUCCACAUAGCCGUCAAAUUAUUGCGAGUCGGGGCGCCUUCAAACGGUGGAAAAGCGAUAAGAGAAAGGGGACCGGCUGAAGGGGAGGGGGGAGGUGGUGUUUAAAAAUCCGUAUCCCCUUCGCUCUGCCAUACCAAGUCUUUGGGUGAAGUAUUGUUUUCAUCGGCUCAGCCGGCAGCGGUCUGGCGUCAGUCCCCGGCCUGGUCCUGGCCCUAUACCGAAAAUGCGGCCUGACUGAUUGCAUCGAAUUUAUGUUUUUUCUAACUGCAUAUUAAAGUGAAGAUAGGGGUUGGACAGCUUUUUUGUUCCCUGUGCGAGGGGGGGAGUGGAAUGGCGGAACAGGGUGUCGCGUUAGGGGAAUGGCGCUGUGGCUGAGGAGGAGCGGGCUCUCGGUGCUAGUCAAAGGCCCCAGGGCCUGCCAGAGUCGCUGCUGUGUCCGUCUUUAUCCCGCCCCCCACCCCCCUCACCUUUCAUGUUCAUUAUAUGAAACUAGCUUGAAAAGGGAGGGGGGAUCGAUUUACACACAUACACAUAUAUAAAAUAUAUAUAUAAUAAAAUGGCCGAGAACCUACUGGAUGGACCGCCGUCAGCCAAACGGCCCAAACUCAACUCGCCGGCGCUCUCCGCCAGUGACAGUACAGAUUUUGGAUCACCAUUUGAUUUAGAAAAUGACUUGCCUGAUGAAUUGAUCAGAUCGUCUGACCCUUUAGGACUGCCCAAUGGUGGUGAACUCAGCCAGUUAAACAGCACCAUUGGUCAGGAUGCCGCUUCUAAACACAAGCAGCUCUCGGAGCUCUUGCGGGCUGGCAGUGGUUCCAAUCUCACUGGAGGACUGGGCAGUGUAAACUCCAGCAACAAUCCAGCAAGAUCUUUGGAGAGUCCUGGUCAGGGCCAGCAGAACAGCUCCAAUCUGGGCAAAAGCCCUCACAGUCAAGGGCUGACUUCAUCUUCCGGUCUGGGGAUGGCUGCCAGCGGUUCAAGUUCUUCAACCCCUGGCUCUCAAGCACUGAACACACAAGCACAAAAACAUGGAGAAUCAAAACUUCUCAAUGCUGCAGCACCAGGUAUGGUGUCUGCUAAUAGCAGCCCAGCUGCUCAGACUGGGCCAGGCGGAAUUGGCAUAAAUACCAAUCUCAGUCACACACAUCAAGCUCUACUGAACAGCAGCAACAGCCAAGGUCUAAUGCAGCAGUCGCAACAAGGACAGGGCCAGGUGCUGAAUGGCUCAUUGGGAGCUACUGGCAGGGGACGAGGGAGCAUGCAGUAUUCAAACUCUGGCCUGGGCAACUCUGGUAGUGUGUUGGCAGAGACUUUAGCCCAGGGAUCAGCACAGAUGGGUGCGCACACGGGUUUAAACACGCAACAAGCUGGAGCAAUGGCAAAGAUGGGGAUUUCAGGUAAUACAAGCCUAUUUGGACAAAGCUAUGGCCAAGCUAGUGGGCAGCAAUUAGGCACUGCAGGGGUUGGACCUCAAUUACAAAACAAAACCAAUCUUUCCAAUAGCCUGCCUCCUUUUCCAACUGAUUUAAAAGGCACUCAAGUUACAAAUGUGCCAAACAUGUCACAGCAGCAGUCCCAGGUUCAACAGGUUGGGAUGGUACAAGUACCAUCCCAGGUACCGACGCAAGGAAUGGGAUCUGCACCGACUGCAGAUCCUGAGAAGCGCAAACUGAUUCAGCAGCAGCUGGUCCUACUGCUUCAUGCCCACAAGUGUCAGCGACGAGAACAGGCAAACGGUGAGGUGCGACCUUGUGCGCUGCCCCACUGCCGAACCAUGAAAAACGUCCUGAAUCACAUGACUCACUGUCAGGCAGGCAAGUCCUGCCAGGUUGCUCACUGUGCAUCAUCAAGGCAGAUCAUCUCUCACUGGAAAAACUGCACUCGACAUGACUGUCCUGUAUGUCUACCCCUGAAAAAUGCCAGUGACAAGAGAAAUCAACAGAGUAAACAUCUGUCAAUCUCUGUCAUGUACAUACUCAACGACAGUCUUCACAGCCCUCUGCGAAGGGUCAAGAGACAAAUCCAAAGACUCAUCACCCUCAUCUCAGUCCUGAAUGGUCCAUUGUAUAUUGAGACUGUGUUCCUUGAAUCUAGGACUCCCUACCCACCAAAGUCAGGGUGCUUUCUACCAAUUAAUUAUUAUUAUGUACCUCCUAACUCGAGAAAUUGGCAGAUUGUAAACUGGAUUUCACUCUGUUCCUCAUGUUUGCUUACGUUGUUUCUGUUUAUAGGGUUACAGACAACCAGGUUAGGGAAUCAUUUAGAAGACAGAGUGAACAAAUUUCUGCGACGCCAGAAUCAUCCUGAGGCGGGCGAAGUGUAUGUUCGUGUAGUAUCCAGCUCUGAUAAAACUGUGGAAGUUAAACCAGGAAUGAAAAGCAGGUUUGUGGACACAGGCGAAAUGUCAGAGACCUUUCCUUAUAGAACCAAAGCACUUUUUGCUUUUGAAGAGAUUGAUGGUGUGGAUGUCUGUUUCUUCGGAAUGCAUGUACAGGAAUAUGGAUCAGACUGUCCAACUCCUAAUACAAGACGUGUGUACAUAUCUUACCUCGACAGUAUUCACUUCUUCCGCCCAAGAUGCCUCCGAACUGCAGUUUAUCAUGAAAUCUUAAUUGGUUAUCUGGAAUAUGUGAAAAAACUUGGCUUUACACAGGGCCAUAUCUGGGCUUGCCCUCCCAGUGAAGGUGAUGAUUACAUCUUUCACUGCCAUCCAGCAGACCAGAAAAUCCCCAAACCCAAACGAUUGCAGGAAUGGUAUAAGAAAAUGCUGGAUAAAGCUUUUGCUGAGCGAAUCAUACAUGAUUAUAAGGAUAUCUUCAAACAGGCAACAGAAGACCGUCUGACCAGUGCAAAUGAGUUGCCCUAUUUUGAGGGUGACUUUUGGCCCAAUGUACUAGAAGAAAGCAUAAAAGAAUUGGAACAGGAAGAAGAGGAACGCAAGAGGGAAGAGAACAGCAUCCCCAGUGAAACCCCUGAUGGAAAGAAAGGAGACAGCAAAAAUGCAAAGAAAAAGAACAACAAGAAAACAAAUAAGAAUAAAAGCAGCAUUAGCCGCGCCAACAAGAAAAAGCCUGGAAUGCCAAAUGUAGCUAAUGACUUGUCGCAGAAGUUGUACGCAACCAUGGAAAAGCAUAAAGAGGUAUUUUUUGUGAUCCACUUCCAUGCUGGUCCAGUGGUGAACACAUUGCCUUCAGUUGUGGAUCCUGACUCCUUGCUUAGCUGUGAUUUGAUGGAUGGCCGCGAUGCAUUCCUGACACUGGCCAGGGACAAGCAUUUGGAGUUUUCAUCAUUGCGCCGUGCGAAGUGGUCCACCAUGUGUAUGCUGGUGGAGUUGCACAAUCAAGGCCAGGACCGAUUUGUCUACACGUGCAAUGAAUGCAAGCAUCACGUAGAAACACGAUGGCACUGUACGGUCUGUGAGGACUAUGACCUAUGUGUCAACUGCCACAACAUUAAAGGCCAUGAGCACAAAAUGGUUAAAUGGGGCUUGGGACUAGAUGAUGAGAGCAGUAACCAACCAGAUCCACUUUCCAAGAGUCCACAAGAGUCUCGACGCCUCAGCAUCCAACGUUGCAUCCAGUCUUUGGUUCACGCAUGCCAGUGCCGCAAUGCCAAUUGCUCAUUACCGUCCUGCCAGAAGAUGAAACGAGUUGUCCAGCAUACCAAGGGCUGCAAACGCAAGACUAAUGGAGGCUGCCCUGUCUGUAAGCAGUUAAUUGCCCUCUGCUGUUAUCACGCAAAACACUGCCAAGAGAACAAAUGUCCUGUGCCAUUCUGUCUCAACAUCAAACACAAGCUACGUCAGCAGCAGCUGCAACACCGACUGCAGCAAGCACAGAUGCUCCGAAGAAGGAUGGCCACCAUGCAGCGCGGAAAUGUGCCUCAGCAAAGUUUGCCUUCUCCUACCUCAACUGCGCCUGUUACACCCACCGGACAGCAGCAGCCCAGCACCCCUCAGACGCCACAGCCUCAGCCUCCACCAUUGACCCCACCAUCCAACAACUUGCCAAGUGGCUUCCCUAAUCCUCCAAGGACUCAACCCCCCACCACUGUUUCACAAGGAAAGCCCACAAACCAGGUAUCACCACUUCCCCAAGCCCUUCCUGCUCAACCUCCACCAGCUGCAGCAUUGGAAGUGGCCAGGCAGAUUGAGCUGGAAGCCCAGCAGCAGCAGCAGCUUUACCAAAUGGCAAACAUGAACAAUGGUUUAGGAAUAGCACGGCAAAACAUGAUUGGGCAGCAGAUUGGGCCUGUCAAUCAGAUGCCAGCCGUUGGUAUGAAAGUCACUCGGCCUCCAAUGGGUCAGGUGAUUCCUGGCAUGCAACCAGGACAGUGGCCACAAGGAACGACACUAUCACAGUCACAGCCUCUGCAGACUGGCAUGCCGAGAAGUGGCAUGCAAAUGACAUCGCCACAGACAUCAGCAGGACAGAGAAUGCCAGGAGUCCAGCAAUCUCCACGCAGCAGCAUCUCCCCAAAUGCUCUCCAGGACCUCUUACGAACAUUGAAAUCACCUAGUUCUCCACAGCAGCAACAACAGGUGCUUAAUAUUUUGAAAUCCAACCCACAACUUAUGGCAGCAUUCAUAAAGCAACGAACAGCUAAGUACCAGGCUAACCAACCUGGCAUGCAGUCACAACCUGGCAUGCAACCUCAACCUCAGCCCAGAAUGCAACAAGCAGGCAUGCACGCUCAAGCAGGUAUGCAGAAUCAACUGCAGAAUCUGAACCCUUUGCAGGCAACUGCCCAGCGGCCUGCCUUAUCCCCGCAGCAGCAAAACUUGGGCAGUAUGAAUACCCAGAGUCAAACCAUGAAUAUGAUGAACCCUGGACACAACCCUAACUUGGCAACUCUUAACCCACAGUACAGGGAGCUGUUGAUCAGGCGCCAGCUUAUACAACAGCAGCAGGGGACUGGCAUGACUGGAGGAAUAGCAGGUCACACACAGUUCCAGCAACCACAAGGACCAGCUUACCCACAAACGAUGCCACAGCAACGCAUGCAGCAACACAUGCCCAUGCAAGGUGGGCCUAUGGGACAGAUCACCCAGAUGGGGCAGCUAAACCAGCUGAGUCAGCCAGGGAUGGGAGCUGAUGGGACUCCCACCAUUCAACAGACGCUACAGCAGCGGAUUCUGCAACAGCAACAGAUGAAGCAGCAAAUGGGCUCACCAGGCCAGCCCAACCCCAUGAGCCCCCAGCAGCACAUGCUGUCAGGACAGCCGCAGUCAUCUCACCUUCAGAGCCAACAGAUUGCUACUUCCCUCAGCAACCAAGUGCGGUCUCCACAGCCGGUACCCUCACCACGGCCCCAGUCCCAACCUCCACAUUCCAGCCCGUCACCAAGGAUACAGCCACAACCUUCUCCCCACCAUGUCUCUCCCCAGACUGGCUCCCCACACCCAGGACUAGCUGCACCCCAGGCUAAUCCCAUGGAUCAGGGACACUUUAGCACCCCAGAACAGAAUGCAAUGCUUCCACAACUGACUAAUCCUGGCAUUAGUGCUAUUCAUAGCGCCACUGGUGACUUAGGACUGGGUACUGACAGCUCCAGCCUAUCGAGCUCUACUAUUACAUGUGACACACUAGAAAAGUUUGUGGAAGAAAACUUGUAGCAUUUGGGAGCAAUUUUUCCUGAGACUUUUUGUACUGAAAAUUUCAGCUGUCUGGGGAUGAUCAAUCCCUAGAAGGAACUGCAACUUCCUUAGUCAUUGAGGGAUGAAUUGCUGUUAAAACACAAAGAAUAUAUUUUUUGUUCAGACUGGUUGCACAUUCUGGUCGUGUUUUGUUUUUUUUUUCCCUUUUUUGUUUCCUGUUUGCUUUUGUUGCUGAUGACUCAUUGCCUAAUUUUUUUAAAUGGAGAAAAAGCAAGUUCGUUAUACUAUUCAUAUUUUUAUUUUGUAUUUUUCAGACUUUAAGCAUCUUUUGUGUUUAAAACCAGGAAAGAAAAUUUCCUGAAAAAUGCAACAUAUAAUGUACACCAAUAAUUUUCUGACGUGUUCUGGGAAGGUUUUUCUAUAGUGAAGUCUGUGCGGACGUUUCAAGUAUUAAAUUUGUAUAGAUAGGAAUAGACCAUUGCACACAUGUACUGGCAAUAGCCAAACUUUGUCUUGCAGAUGUAGAAAUUGUUGCUUUGUUUCAUGAUAAACUGGUUUUAGUGAAACUAGGAUGAUCACUGAUAGAUUGUGCUGAUUUUAAUAGAAGACAUAUCCUUUCCUUUCCUCCUUUAUUCUCUGUGAAACUUGAAAUGAGAAGAAAGCAAUUAUAGUGUAAAUCAUGCAAGUUAUAUAAUUACUAUAAAUAAGGAAACAAAACUCUCAAUCACUGUAUAAACUGGUUAAAACUCAUUUCUUACUUAUAUACCAUAUUGUUAAAUAAACUGUGUGCAACAGAAAA